AUGGAUUCAUUUACUUCAAAAAUUUUAAAGACAUGUAAUUUUGGAAUUGGACCAAUUUCAUGUCAUGCAUGGAAUGCAGAUAAAACACAAUUAGCUGUUUCAGCAUCAUCAAUUAUUUAUAUUUAUUCUAUUGAAAUUAAAGAGAAUCAAAGUACAAUUGAUUAUAGUCUUUUACAUACAUUAUCAGAACAUGAUCUUGCUAUUACAGGUCUUGAUUGGGGUUCGAGGACAAAUCGUAUUGUAUCAUGUUCUCAGGAUAAAAAUGCAUUUGUUUGGACAUUUGAUAAAAGUACUAAUAUAUGGAAACCUGAAUUGGUACUUGUUAGAAUUAAUAGAGCUGCAACCUGUAUAAAAUGGGCACCAUUAGAAAAUAAAUUUGCUGUUGGAUCAGGGGCAAAAGUUGUAUCAAUUUGUUAUUAUGAAAAAGAAAAUGAUUGGUGGGUUUCAAAACAACUUAAAAAACCUAUAAAAUCUACUGUUAAUUGUAUUACAUGGCAUCCAAAUAAUUGCCUUAUUGGUGUUGGAGCAUGUGAUUUUAAGGGUAGGAUAUUUUCUGCUUACAUUAAAGAAGUUGAUGAAAAACCUUCACCAACUUCUUGGGGAAAUAAAAUGCCAUUUGGUCAGUUAAUGGCUGAGUAUAAUGUAUCCUCGUGGAUUCUUGAUAUUGCAUUUUCUCCCUGUGGAUCACGUAUUGCUUGGGUAGCCCAUAACUCAACUUUAUCAGUAGUUGAUUCAGAAAUAGAUAUUACAAAAAUUAAUUCAUUAAAACUUAAAACUUUACCAUUAUGUUCAAUUGAAUGGGUAAGAGAAAAUAAGCUUAUUGGAGCAGGAUAUGAUUAUGUUCCAAUGAUUUUUAAAGUAACAGAUGACGGUGUAUCAUCAUAUCAAGGAAAAGCCGACGACAGUAGUGUAAGUGGAAAAUCACAGGAAUCAGAAGGUGUUUUCAAUGCAUUUCAAAAGUUUCAAAAUAUUGACAGGAAAGGUACUGAAGUUGUAAAUGUAAAGAAUGCUUCAGCACAUCAAAAUGCUAUACGCCAAAUUGUACCAUUUUCCGGAAAAUGCGGUAAUUAUACAAAAUAUACCACAUGCGGAGCUGAUGGUUUGAUGUGUCUAUGGACAGCAUAA